GUGUUGUCUAAAUACAUAAACAUCUUCAUCCUACACAGAUCUUAAUUCUGCAGGUUUUGCAGUCAACAUUAGUAGCUAUUUAUUGAUUCUAAGUUUGGUUUGGCAGUGUUGAUGAUGUAUUGGAUGCCAUGUGUGGAAGAGUUGACCUAGAGAAACAGUUCAACAUCCAAAUCUCCAGAACAAACAUUCUGGAGAGAGGCCUACUGCAGUGGCAGCGUCAAAAAAAAAAUUCACCUACUGCUGCUCUGAAAGUGACAUUCUUUGGGGAGGCUGGAGUGGACACAGGUGCUCUCCGAAAAGAAUUUCUCACAGAAAUGAUUGCAGGAAUUGAGAGCCGUUUCUUUGAGGGGCCAAAGCACCAGAGGAGCCCACGAUACUCUCUGACUGACUUUGACAGCGGCCUGUACAAGACUGUUGGAGAGAUUUUGGCAGUAAGUUUGGCACAAGGUGGCCCGGCCCCUGCCUUUUUCAGCCCAUGGACUUACAGUUACCUCUGUAGUGGCCAGAUAAACCCGGCGACUCUCAAUACCGAAGCAGUUGCAGAUGUCCAGUUGCGAGAGUUAAUUGAGCAGGUUGAAAUGUCAACUGAACAUUCAAUUGAAGGCCUUUCUGAUGAAAUCAUAAAUUGUGGAUAUACUGGAGCUAUCUCAGUGCAAAACAAAGAGUCCAUUGUUCGUGCCAUUGUACUCCAUGCAGUGCUGAGGCUGCAGCCUAUGUUGGAACAACUGAGAGAAGGCCUGCAGCUGUAUGACCUUCUUUCGCUAAUAAGGCAGUACCCAGAUAUCUGCCAGCCCCUGUUUGUUCCCGGUGAAGAUGUAAAAGUUAAUGCAGAGUUUGUCAUGGCAUCCAUUCUUCCUCAACUGAGUGACAAAGGGACUUCCAGGCAUCAGAUUGAGCUGGAGAUGAUCAACUUUAUUCAGGACUUCCUUUAUGAAGCUGAAGCUAAAGACCAGGUAGAUGACCAAGAUGGCCUACAUUCCAUCACACCUGCCAGGUUGCUCCAGUGGAUCACAGGCCAAGGUCACAUCCCACUUCUUCCCUCAGAGAAGAAGGAUUUUGCUGUAACAAUCAAGUUUAACCAUGACUGUAGUGCAGACUUUGGCCAUCACAGUGUGUGUUACCCCGUUGUGUCAGCAUGUGCCAAGAAUAUUGUACUACCUGUAAAACAUAUGAGGCCUUAUGACCAAUUCAAAAAGGUUCUAACUGAGGCUUUUCAUCUGGGCCAACAGUUUAACAUGGUGUAAAUAUUUACCAUCAACUGAUGCUACCUUUUUCUAGGUUGAACUACAACCUACAGUAAAUGAUAAAUGUUGCACCAGUUGCUACUGUUUUAUUUAUGUUCUGAUCAAUGAAACACAUUUCUUAGUAAUACGGUGUUCCAAAAUCCAUAUUUGGAAAGAGGAAUUAGUCGAGAGUAAACAUUAAAUUAUUGUUUAAUAGCAGUACUGUUGAGCAUUUCAUGCAAACAUGUUAAGGUUAAGAAGGUAAUCUUGCAACAAGAUUUCAUAAAAGUAAUUAGUUUACAUCUCAUCUAGAUGUCUGGCUAAUUGGCAUCAUGUUGUCUCACUCACAAGUUGCAGCCCAGCACUCUGAGAAGCAGUUAAAGAAUGUUUGUACCAUGUAGCUUCACUGCUGUCAGUAACAAUAAACAUUUAAAACAA